AUGUUUGCUUCCUCUGAAAUUUUUUGGGAUAGAGUAAACUAUGUUAAAAUUGAUAUCCAAGAGGCUCAAGGACAUUCUGGAGGAAUUUGGGUCAUGCAACGACGAGGGAGUGGAUUCAAUUUCACUCUUGUGAGUAAAAUGCAGCAAUGUAUCAGUUUUAUUGUUAAUAAAGGUUCUGAUAAAUGGCUUUGCUCAGCUGUUUAUGCUAGUCUAGUCGCUACUAUGAGACCGUUUCUUUGGGAGUUUUUAGAUUACAUUAGCAAGACCGUGUCGUUACCCUGGCUCGCUAUUGGGGACUUUAAUGAUAUAUUGCUACCCAGAGAGCAGAAAGGAGGAGUAUUUUCAAAUUCUAAAGCUGAUUUAUUUGCUAGUAAUGUGGAUAAAUGUGGACUGAUUGAUUUAGGUUCAUUCGGUACGAAAUUCACUUGGCAGGGGAAAUGCAGAGGUGGAAGGAUUGUGCAUAGAAGACUCGACCGUGGUCUCGGUAACUAUGAUUGGCGUAUGAAAUUUCCGGAAGCUACUGUUGAACACCUAGUACGUAGACACUCUGAUCACAAUCCGAUCUAUUUGAGAUGCAGUAAUGUAAUGUUGGGCCAUGAGGAUCGUCCUUUCCGUUUUCAAGCGGCUUGGUUUACUCAUAAUGAGUAUCCUAAUCUUGUAAGGAAUACCUGGAAUCGUGAUCGUGGUAAUAUUGCUCACUGUCUCCAAAACGUGGCUAAAGAAUCUACCACUUUUAAUAAGGAGGUUUUUAGGAACAUCUUUGCCCGUAAAAAGGAAGUCGAGGCUAGACUGCGGGGUAUCCAGAGAGCCUUGGAAGAUAUCGAUUCAGCUAACCUGUUGAGACUUCAGAAGGGACUCCUUGACGAAUAG